CGAGGCUGCGCCACGGCCGGAGGGAAGGGAGGCCACGGAGCCGGGCUCGCUGGCAGCUGACCAAGAUGAUCAGCCUUUGACAUGGCUUCCCGUUGCAAGAUGCAGACCUUGCAGGUGGUUGAUACGGAAUAUAGCGCCGAUGUCGUGGAGUGGUGCCCUGUGGAAGGCUGGCACAGCAUCCUGGCGUGCGGCACUUACCAGCUGAAGAAGCCGGACAUCAAGCCUGGCGAGAGCCCCGAUGAGAACAAUGCGCCCCACGUGCGACUGGGCCGCCUUUACCUGUAUUGCUUCGAAGAACAGGUUUUUGCACCGCUGACUGAGAUCCAGAGGCUUGAAACGGCUGCUGUGCUGGAUGUGAAAUGGUGUCACGUUCCCAUCGCAGGACAGCCUGCUCUAGGCAUCGCCAAUGCCAAGGGAACAGUGGAACUCUCUUUCUUGACAGGAAACGAGAAGAGCUGCAGGCUGGAGCCACUGUGCAGCGCUGACUUGGGAUCAGAAUGCCUCGCUUUGUCUCUGGACUGGUCCACGGGGCGAGGGCAGCGUGGCCACCCUCUGCGACUGGUCAGCAGUGAUUCCAAAGGGAGGCUGAGCUUGCUGUCCAUUGAGGAAUCUGCCCCCUCCAUACACCUCUUGGAACAGUGGAAGGCGCAUGACUUUGAGGCCUGGAUCGCUGCCUUUGACUACUGGAACACGUCUGUAGUCUAUUCAGGGGGAGAUGACUGCAAGCUACGGGGCUGGGACGCCCGGAGCGGCCUCAGGGCUCCCCUCUUCAGCAGUGAGCGGCAUUCCAUGGGUGUGUGCAGCAUUCAGUGCCACCCGCUCCGGGAAAAUCUGCUGGCCACAGGAAGCUAUGACGAACACGUCCUCCUGUGGGACACCCGGAAUAUGAAGCAGCCAUUGGCAGACACCCACUUGCAGGGUGGAGUUUGGAGGUUAAAAUGGCAUCCGUCACGGGAGAACGUACUGUUGGCAGCCUGCAUGCACAACGGCUUCAAAAUCCUUGAUUGCCACGGCAGUUUGGAGAAGAACAAAGAGGAAUGCGCUGUUCUGUCUUCUUACAUCUUGCACAAUUCCUUGGCUUAUGGAGCUGACUGGUCAAGGCUCCCCCUGCACAAUCCCGUGCUGCUGUCUCCUGUGCUGCCGGCGGUUCAUACAGAUCAGGAAGCUGGGCGAGUGGAUCUUAAAGUCCAGAACCUCAAGAUAGUGUAUGAAUCCCCCACAGCCACCUUCGAUGUGUUUCUUGAGGAAGAGGAUCAACCCCCUCUGGGAACACUGCAAGCGGAAGGUAGCUGCGACCUGCAGGGACCAGGCAACGAUGGAGAAAGUCCAGACACCAAAGUGUCCAGUGUAACUGAAUCAGCCAAAGGCCAAAGAGAGACCAGCCUCCUGGCGACAUGUUCCUUUUACGACAACGUCCUACACGUUUGGAAAUGGGAAACCAGCUUGACUAACCCUGUGGCCUAAACAUAGCGUCAGGAUUGAUUCAGGCCGUGGUGGUGUCCCUGCCCUUCUUCGUGGCAGGCCUUUUUAGCGGUAGGGUGAAGGUGGUAGAUGUUGCUUUGGGGGGGGGGCAGGGUGGUCUUGCUGCUGUCCCCUGUCGCCUUUCUUAUGCCAGGUUUCUAGCUUUACUCCUGGGAGUCUAUUGUGGCUCUUAGAGCUUUGAAGACUCCUCAGAUAUUUCAGGGAUGUGUUGCUGAAUUUUUUCCUCCUGUUCUCUCCCACCCCCCGCAACUUCCUUCAUUGCUGCAGAAAUAAGACUAUUAGACUGAUUAUGAUCUUUUAUUUCACCAUAUCUUGUCCAGAUAGCAGUUGGUAAAGCCAAGCGGUUCUGCUUUACCUCCACUAGUUGCUUUAUUUUGCCCACGAAGUCUUUGGCCUAGCUAAAGACCAAGCUCAGUGUCUGUACUGCACCAAGGAAAACCAACCCUAUUACUAGCCCCACUUGUGUUUGGUGAGUUAGCUUUGCCUGGUUACUUUUCUCCAAGCACCAGCUUAAAACAAGGGAGGCAAGUGGCAGCCUGCACGUGGCUCGUGAUUUGUCUCAUGGCUCAGUAGCCACCUAGUGGCUAAAAGGAGGCCUCUUGCUCCAGCCAGGGGAAAUGUUCAAAUACUUUGAAGAGCACUGCCUUCGUGGUUCUGCGGUCUACCUCCCUCUUGUAGGAAAAGCAAAGCCCUGGUCUUUGGCUUUAAGCUUGAGGAAGAGGGAAGCAAUUCGAACCCUCACUCUUGUGCUCUAUCUACUUCCAUAUCACAGAACGAAAGAACACCAGCAACAAUCAGUAUUAAUAGCAAGGAUGUUUUCCUCAAUGCUGCAGAAGGGCAUACUUGUAAUUUGAGACACUACUCCAACUUAGGGCAUUUAUGUACAGGUACGCACAUCAGUAUUGUAAACAAAAUCUUUAAAGUAAAUAUUUUGGACCUUUCCAAAA